UUCUGAUUGUCGAGAAGAAGGCUGCGGAGGGCGGUACUUGUACUUUUCCUACUUUGUUUGUGCCAGCUUUUUAAGUUGCCUCAUCUGUUCGGUGAGUCAAUUUCAGGUUUUGCCUCUUUAGAGAAGCCACACCAGAACUCGGAGGCCAUCUGAGAGAAGCACCACUCCACAAGGUUUGAUUUAACUUACACCCACUGCACCCCAUAAAAGACAUAAUGGCAGACCCGUGGCAAAAGGCGUACGACUUUGCUGUUGCAGUGGCCAGAAAAGCAGGAGAGGAAAUUCGGAAAGCUGGCGAGAGUGAAAUAAAGAUUAUGACGAAGAGCUCGACUGUGGACCUGGUCACCAAGACUGAUGAAAGGGUGGAGAAGAUCAUCAUUGGCUCUCUGAAACAGGAAUUCGGAGAGGGCACACACUGCUUCAUUGGGGAGGAGUCGGUUGCAAAGGGAGAGGCGUGCAUCCUGACAGAUAAGCCCACUUGGAUCAUUGACCCAGUGGACGGUACCACAAACUUUGUACACGGAUUCCCAUUUGUGGCUGUGUCGAUUGCCUUUGCGGUCAAUAAACAGUUGGAGUUCGGUGUGGUGUACAGCUGCCUGGAAGAUAAAAUGUAUAAGGCCAGGAGGGGAAAGGGAGCUUUCUGCAAUGACGAACAAAUUCAGGUGUCUGAUGUGAAAGAUAUCAACAAGUCUAUUAUCAUUUCGGAGCAUGGAACUGAUAGGAGCCCAGAAAAAGUGCAAAAGAUUUUCUCCACCAUGCAAAAGAUUCUCUGCAUCCCAGUCCAUGGGCUGCGUGGGUCGGGAACAGCCGCCACUAACAUGUGUCUGGUGGCCACCGGGGCGGUGGAGGCCUUCUUUGAGAUCGGGAUCCACUGCUGGGACAUCGCUGCCGGAGCAGUCAUCGUCCAGGAAGCAGGAGGCCUGCUGCUAGAUGUGAAUGGCGGACCCUUCGAUUUGAUGUCCCGAAGGAUGGUGUCGGCAAACAACGAGAUUAUUGCUAAACGGAUCAUCAAGGAAAUUGAAAUAUUCCCAUCGGCGAGGGACGAUGCGCCGCCGCCAAAGAAAUGAGAAGACUCUCUACGCUGAAUGACAACCACAUAGCUGCAAACCAUGAACAUAAAAAAGCCUUUUUUUAAAAGAAAAAUGCCAUCCAAUUAAUGUUACUAUGCUGUAAUCACCCUUUUAUUAUCUAAAUCAUAAUGUCCCAUGUGUUUCAUUGGGUGUUCAUUUUGCUCAUUAAUUAUAAUGUCGUCAUCAGUUGAACGAUGUAAUAAAUUUGAUUGCCCCUCGUGA